GGUGCGUGGAGUCAGAUUGCUCCAGGAAAGGAAUGGGAGAUGGGCCAUGAGGCUUAUUUGUGAUUUCCUCCUAGCUUCCCAUCGGUGUCCCUGCCACUUGACAUGCUGAAUGCCGCCGAUUCCUACUCCGCUUCUGCGCUUUUCCAAUACCAGGCACUCCAAAACGGGAACCCUGCCGCCGCAACGGACCUAGCAGCGGAGGUUGCGGCGCGCCAAGCCGCCGCUGAUGCUGCUCGUGCGCCCCUCGCGCCUCCGUCGCCGUCAUUGGCAGCGGCGGCUCCAGCCGACGGCGGCACGACCGAAGCAGCGGCCGCCGCCGCUACCGUUCACGCGGAGGCGUCUUGGUGCAGCAGCCUGCCGCCAGGCAGUACGGCAAGUCCCCCGGCUGACUUGGAGUCGCCGCCGUCAGGCGCCUCCGCCGUCGUGAACGCUGAAGACGGACACUCCGUAAUCCGAAGUGGCUCCCUGGGGUCAGGGGGCGGCAUUGCGGUGCAUGGGGCGGCGCCGAUGUCAUCGGCGCGUGCACGUGCGGGAGCUCCGCCGCCCCCUCCGCCAGGCCCCCCACCGCCGCCGCCGCUGUCGCCAGCGACGACACGUGGGAAUGUUGGACUGACGGCGGCAGCGUCGCCAGCGGCAUGCAAGACUGCGGUGUCGACUCCUUCAACACCGACUGCUAAGACGCCCCCGCCACCACCGCCGCCGGGUCCGCCCCCGCCACCGCCUUCAGUGGGCGGGAUGAAGGGCCCACCAUCCCUUAAGCCGUCGAUCUCACCGUCGCCGUCGGCACCCGUCUCAGCAGCGUCGACGCCUAGCAAAACCCCGCCCCCGCCGCCGCCUCCGGGCCCACCGCCACCGCCUCCAUCAGCAGGCGGCAUGAGGGGCCCGUCACACCUCAAGCCGCCGCCGUCAGCGCCCGUCUCAGCAUCAACUACACCCAGCAAGGCACCACCGCCGCCGCCGCCUCCGGGCCCUCCACCGCCCCCUCCCUCGGCGGGUGGAGUGAAGGGUUUCUCACCUCUCGAGCCUCCGUCAGCACCCGUCUCCGGAGCUUCAACACCCAGCAAAGCGCCACCACCACCGCCGCCUCCGGGCCCUCCGCCGCCGCCCCCGUGCCCGGGUGGCAUGAAGGGCUACUCGCCUCUCAAACUAUCAUCAAUCCCGACCUCCACACCGACAACACCCAGUAAAACCCCACCACCGCCGCCGCCCCCGGGCCCCCCGCCGCCGCCGCCGUCAGCGGGUGGGCUACGAAGUCCUUCGCCGGCUCAACCACAAUCCCUUUCGCCGCCGUCAGCAUCUGGAUCCGCAGCGUCGACACCUGGGAAAACCCCGCCACCGCCACCGGGGCCGCCGCCGCCACCACCCUCAAUUGGCGGCGUCAAGAGCCCCUCGCCCGGAAAGCCCCCACUGCCGCCGCCAGGGCCCCCGCCGCCGCCGCCAACCAUGGUUACGACUCCCGUACGUUCACCGCCGCCACCGCCACCUGGUGCCCCGCCGCCGCCCCCAGGAGCUACCGGUAGGUCUCCACCGCCGCCGCCGCCGCCACCACCGCCGCCGAUGCCCUUCCGCGUCGCGCCCAUCGCCACCCGCGCCGCUGCUGCCGCUGGGACCGCUAGCGAGUGCAGCGCCGCUGCCGCUGGUGGUUGUACGGCAACACCGGGCUCCGCUGCGAGCACUCCCUUGGCUUCGGGCGCCGUGUACGACUCUGGCGGCGGCAACUCGGCCUGCUCCACGCCCCAGACCGCCUCCGCCGCACCUCCGCCGGCCCCGCCCCUGGAGCGUAAGGCCCUCCACUGGGAGCCACUGCCGCCCUCCGCAGCCAACCUGCUGGCGCCCAGCCUGUGGGCUAGUCCGCUGCUGCAGAGCAUCGUGCCUGUGGCGGUCCGCAGCGGUGCGGACAAGCUGGCCAUGUUUGCCCGCUGCGCCACCACCACCAGCUUCAAACUUGGGCGCAACACGGACGGCAAGACCUGCCUGUUGGAGCCCAGCACCGCGCAGAACAUCCUCAUCAAGUUCGCCAAGGCCGCUCUCACCCCCGAGCAGCUGCGGACCGCCCUGGAGCGCAUGGACAGCACCGCGCUGUCGGCCACCAUUGUGCUGCAGUGCCUGGGCGGCUACCCUAAGCCGGAUGAUGCGGAGCGGGUGAUGGCCUGGUGCGAGAAGAACGACCCGGCGGGCCUGGGCCCCGCUGAGAAGUUUGUGCACGUGCUGGCCUCCGUGCCGCAUGCGCGACUGAGGCUGGAGGUGCUGAAGAUCAGGCACCACUUCGAUGAGGACCUGGCCAAACGCAACCG